AUGUUAUUCUGUCCGUAUUGUAGUAACGCUCUCACCAUUGGAGAUCAAGAUAAUUCUGAUAAGUGUUGGAUAUGUCCAACAUGUCCAUAUAAGUAUAACAUCGCUCCCGGUAAACAGAUAUCAAUGAGAACGCAUUUAAAGAGAAAACAGGUGGAUGAUGUUUUAGGAGGUAAAGAAGCUUGGGCCAAUGUGGAUAAGAUUGAUGCUACUUGUCCGAAAUGCGAUGCUAGGAAAGCUUAUUAUCGACAAUUACAAAUCCGUUCAGCUGAUGAACCCAUGACUACCUUUUAUAAAUGCGUUGAUUGUUCAUAUCAAUGGAGAGAG